AUGAAGGAUGAACAUAAUAUUAAAUUCACUGCUCAAGAUUUAUAUGACAAGAAAGCAGACAAAACAGAGCUUCAAACAUUAAAGACAGAAAUACUUCAAACAUUAUAUCCUAUAGGCUCUAUUUAUACGUCAAUGAACUCAACAAAUCCAGCAACAGUUUUAGGUUUUGGUACAUGGCAGCAGAUUGUAGACAAAUUCUUAUACUGUGCUAACUCUUCAAAGCAAACAGGAGGUUCGAAGAAAAUUACUGAAGCAAACCUUCCACCGCACACUCAUACAGGAACUACAAACACAACAGGUAGUCAUUCACAUUCAAUAACAAAAAGAGGUUAUACAAAUCUUGCAGCAGGUUCGGAUAGACAGGGAAUGCAUAGAUAUGAUAUUUCAAGUGACCCAGUAGAUUCAAGCGCAGGUAUUUUCUGUGGAACCGCAGGAAAUCAUGCCCAUACUUUCACAACAAAUCCAACAGGCUCGGGUGCAGAUUACAUGCCACCAUUUGUGACUGUAUUUGCAUGGUACCGCGUUCAAUGA